AUGAAGAUCGUCCUCACCGGCUGCACUGGCUUCAUCGGAAGUGAGAUUCUCCGACAAUGCAUCGCCCAUAAUUACAUAUCCCACAUCUACGUCCUCACCCGAAGGCCCUUGGCCGAUAGGUUCUCGCACACGAAGGUCACCCAGCUCCUUCACGAAGACUUCGAAACGUACCGCUCAGACCUCCUCAAUCGAUUACGAGAAGAAGGUGUGGAGGCAUGUAUAUGGGCAAUAGGAGGGAGAGUACAGCAGUUCAAAAAUCUGGAUGAAGCGAGGAAGGUGAAUAUCAAUUAUGCUGUUGCAGGUGCGGAGGCUUUCGCGCAGCAUUUGGCGACGGCCUUGACGCCGCAUGAGGGAUAUCCUAAUAAGCAUCCCAAAGCUGGGGUUAAACGGUUUCCGUUCCGGUUUGUGUAUUUGUYAAGCUGGGGUGCGGAGCAUGAUCAGUUCAGGAGAUUGUGGAUGUAUGGGGAUACACGUAAGACUAAAGGUGCCGCUGAGAAGGGUUUAUUGGAGGUUGCGAUCAAUUCGCAGGAAAUAGGUGGUCAUAGAUGCUUUGAGGCAAUUGCUUUGAGGCCCGGAGCCGUACUUGCUGGUGGAGGGGAGAACAUGACUACUGUGAUCGGCGAGGCUUUCAUGCCAUGCAUUGCGGUUGAGCGGCUUGCCAGAACCGCCAUCAAGACAGCUUUCAACGGUGGAGAAGGCAUGAGUAUCUUGGAAAAUGCUCACUGCUUGGGUGAAGACUGGGCCAUGAUAAAUUCCAUCUCAUGA